AUGGCCAGCAGUAAAGCUGAAGCUGAAGAACUGAUAAGGAAAGCUGAAAAAUGCUUAAAAACUUCGCUAUUAAAAUGGUCGCCAGAUAUUGAUAGCGCCAUUGGGUUUUACAGCAAGGCUGCUCUGCUUUAUAGAAAUUCAAAGAUGCCAAAGGAGUCUGCGGCCAUCUACAUGCUGAUUGGUGAUCUGUAUGCUAAGAAUGGCUCAUUCUUCCAUUGCGCAAAGUCAUACGAUACAGCGUCACUGUUGUUCCGCGACUCCGGAGAUUUCGACAAAGUAGUGGAAUGCGUGCAGACAGCUGGAAAACUUCUGAGGCAAAAUGGAGUUCCUGAUUCUGCUGAGUCGGUUUAUGCCAGGGGUGCAAAGUCACUAGAAGGCAAAUUACCUGAACAGUCGGCAAAGUUUUACGAAAAUGCAGCAGAAACAUCGGAGUUGGAGGAGAAGUAUUUACAGGCUGCAGAUUUCGCUGGUCAAGCAGCGCGCGUGUGGACAAGCGUAAAGCGGUUCGAUGAGGCCGACCGCCUUCUGCGCUAUCAAAUGACUCUCAGCUUGCAAGGUGCGACCGGCGAAAAUGUCCAACUCGCCUACCAGGUUUGCGGAAAGGCCGUUGUCGCCUUGGUGGUCAUAAAACUCUACCUAGAGGAUUCCGUUGCUGCUGGGAAGGUGUACGCUGAGGCUCUAGAAAAAUAUCACUUCGGUGAGACUGACGACUCGUCUGCGGUAGCCGGCCUCCUUCAAGCCUACGAUUCCUUCAAUUCGGCUGCAUCUGCCGAAUUGGUCCGCUUGCCAACUUUCCGAAAUCUCGAAAAUGAGUUUGCUCGCUUGGCGCGAUCCAUAAAGUUUCCCGACAACCUUGACGAUCAAGGAGACGCUGACAAGUCCUGCGCCAGUGCCGUUGGUGAAAAGGACCAAGAAGAAGAGGAGGACAUCUGUUGA